UAUAUUUAAGCAUAACCAUAAAGAUGUUCGUAAUAAACGUGGCAAGGAGAUUGCAGGUUUCCACUAGACAACAAUACAAGGCUCUGAUAAUUACGAAUACGGCGAAUACACCGACGCCGCGUUUGAAUGUGAAUGAGGAUAACUUUAAACGUUUUAAAUAUACACGUAAUAUCGGUGUCAAAGGUCUGCGUAGCUCCAAACAUCAUUUCGAAGGUAAAGAACAAAAAGUUCCUGAUGUCGAAGAAAAAGAUUUUGCUUACGAAAAUGAUUCUCUGAAUUUAGAGGACAGUGAAUAUGAAGAAGUAGUUAAUGGUGCUAUGCAUCUUACUCGGAAUUUUCAAGUUGCUCAUAGUGUUUUAAUAAUACAACCUUAUGUAAAAUGGGGUCCUAAACGGAAUAUGUCUACAAGUCCGGACGAUCAAUUAAAGGAAGCUGAAGCUUUAGUAAAUUCCUUACCAAACUGGCAUGUGGCUUUAUCUUUAAAAGUUCCUUUAGAAUCUUUGGAGCGUAAAGCACUUUUUGGCAAAGGUAAAUUAGAAGAACUCAAGAACAUAGUUAACGAUUUACGUCAAGCUAAGGGAGCCUGUGAUAAACGUUUAACAUGCCUGUUUGUGAGUAAAGGGUCAUUGAGUUUCGCCCAGAAAUCGAUUUUAGAGUCUUAUUUUAAUUUACCGGUUUUGGACCGUUAUUCAAUAGUAAUACAGAUAUUACGUUUACACGCCACCAGUGCAGAAGCUCGAAUUCAAGUUGCCAUGGCUGAGCUACCAUAUAUUUGGGCCCAAGCAAAAGAUGCCAAUUUAUCCAAGUCAAGAAGAGUUGGUUGGUCUUUAACAGACACGCAAAAAGAGAUUCUGAGGACACGAGAACGUAAACUAAAACAAGAAUUGGAACGUAUAAGAAACCAUAGAAAGCUCUUACGCAAUAAGCGUAAGCAAAACCAUUACCCUAUUGUGGCCGUAGUAGGAUAUACGAAUGCUGGAAAAACCUCUUUAAUUAAGGCAUUAACAAAAGAACAAAGCAUGCAACCGAAAGAUCAACUUUUCGCUACUUUGGAUGUUACAGCUCAUGCUGGCUUAUUACCUUGCAAUCUUAAAAUCAUUUAUAUGGACACAGUGGGUUUCAUGUCUGAUAUUCCCACCGGCCUCAUAGAAUGUUUCAUAGCGACAUUGGAAGACGCUAUGUUAGCCGAUGUUAUUUUGCACGUUCAAGACGUAUCGCAUUCGUGCUAUCAGGCGCAAAAGGAACAUGUGGAAAAAACUUUGGAAUCUUUAACGCAUAAUCUGGGCAUGAAAGGCGACGAAAUAUACCAAUUGCCACAAAUAAUAAAUGUUGCUAACAAAAUUGAUUUAUUGCAAGAUGAAAAAGCCGCACAUUUCGACAAUUUAUUGAAAGUUUCUUGCAAAAAACUUAGCGGUUUAGAAGAGUUAUCAAGCGUAAUAGAACAAAAUAUAUUGGAAGUGACGGCAAGACGACAGAUAAUCAUUAAAGUGCGUAAUGGCGGCCCAGAAAUGGCUUGGCUUUACAAAAACGCGACCGUAGUGAGUACGCAGGCUGACCAAAAUGAACCUGAAUUUAUGCUAAUGGAUGUUAUUAUCACAGAGAUCAGUUUUGCACAAUUCAAACGGUACUUUUGCCAUUAAAGAAUUUGCAAGAACUAUAAACGAGUGCAAUGUAAUCUAGUACCAAACAAAAUCCAUACUAAAAAGUUAAAAAUUAAUUUUGUUCAAGGAAGUGAAGAAGUAAUUUAUAUAUCGGUGUAACCAUAAACAAAGACGGCAUCAUG